AUGCGCCACUCAACUUCCCUCGCCCUGGCCGUUGCCCAGUUCGUCCUCGCCGUCAAGGGAGACGUCGACCUGGACAUGGACGACGUGUCCGCGCCCUGCAAGGCCAUCUGCCAGCCCAUCGGCACCCUCUCGGACCAAUGCGACGUCGACCUGCGCAGCGACAACGACCGCGACGAGCGCCUCCUCCAGAACCAGUGCAUCUGCACCAACAAGAGCUUCAACGUCGCCAAGAUUGCCGCCCUCUGCGCCGACUGCAUGCGCCAGUCUCCGGGAAGGGACCGCGACGAUAGAGAGGGUAUGGAAAAGUGUGAUCCCUUGUCAAGACCGUGUAUAUGGCUAACGUCGGACGCGACAUCGUCAGAUAUCAAUGAGCUCAUGUCUGUGUGUGGCUUUACCAGCACCACGUACAGCUCGGCUGCUGCCAGCGAGGCCGCCACCGUGACGGUCGCGGCCACUCGUCCUACGGACAUCAGCCAGCUUACGACCACGAUUGAUCGCGGCACCCCUGCCACUGGAGGCGCCGGCGGCAACGGCGGGACGGCGACUUCGUCCGGCCAGCCCGGGCAGUCGGGCCAGCCUGGACAGCCUACAUCGAGCGCCUCGACCGGGGCUAAUCGCGGCAGCGCACCGGGAACUUCAGUAGCUGGCCCGUCGAGCGCUGCAACUUCGUCACGGACUGGUAACGCUGCCCCGGCCAUGACGGCCCAGGCAGCCUACGCCGUCGGCGGCCUGGUUGCCGCGGCGUACCUCAUGGCUUAA